AGCCAUGAAAUUGACUCCAUUAUCUUCCCGGAAUACCUUCAGCUACACCUUCUUUCUUCUUCACCUCCUUCUCCGAUCGAUAACCGCCUCCGGCGACUCACAACAUGCUAUCGCCGUCAACUGUGGUUCCCUUCACAACUCCACAGCAAUUGACGGCAGACAAUGGGUUGGAGAAACAGAUUCUCCUUCCAUCAUUUCUUUUCAAGGAUCUGGAAGUAAAUCAGUGGUCCCUUCUUCCUCUGAUGACCACCCAUCACAAUCUCUCGAUCCCACUCCCUACAUGACAGCUCGAGCUUCUAGGUCAUCCUUCACCUACACCUUCCAUGUCGGCUCAGGCUACAAGUUCAUCCGCCUUCAUUUCUACCCAGCUUCAUACUCUGUUUUCAAAAGGUCAGCCGCCUUCUUCACCGUGAAAUCAGGUCCGUAUACUCUUCUCAACAAUUUCAGUGCGUUUCUAGCCGUCGAUUCUCUUAACCUGAAUUCAAUCGUAAAAGAAUUCACCCUUUAUGUCCCUGACGAGGGUAAACCCUUGUCAAUUACUUUCUCCCCCUCAAAAGAAAUCAUCCGUUCUGAUGAGACAUUUGCAUUUGUUAAUGGAAUUGAAAUUGUUCCCAUGCCUCUUGGACUUUACUACACCAUGGAGGGAGAUGGAGAUGGAGAUGCAGGGGCAUAUUUGGUAGGACAUAACUAUCGAUCUCCCCUGGGAAAAGACACUGCAAUGGAGAUGACAUACCGGUUAAACGUUGGUGGUAACAAACUUUCAUCCGUUCAUGACCCAAAUAUGUUCAGGGAAUGGGCGGAUGAUUCAAACCAUAUCAUAGAAUCAAGUGUUUUUCCCAUCACUUCCAUAAAUAGGAUCAAGUAUACAAAAACAUCCAAAGAUAGUGCACCACAAAGGCUUUACCAGUCAUCUUGGUCAAUGAAGCGAAAUUUGCAAGAUGGUGAAGGAGUUAGUUUUACAUGGAAAUUGCCUGUCGAUUUGGGUUUCAGGUAUCUAAUUAGAUUGCAUUUUUGUGAGCUUGACUAUGAUGCUGUGAGAGAGAACGGGCAUAAAGAGUUCAAUAUUCUCAUAAACAAUCACACGGUUGAGUCUAGAGGAGACUUGAUCAAAUGGGGCGGUGAGAUUGGGGUUGCAAUCCAUAAGGAUUACUUGACAACAUUAAGAGGAGACAGAAUGAUGGGCAAGAGAGACCUAGUUGUCGCUUUGUACCCAAACAACGAAGAUCAAUCAACUGAAUUCAUUGACUCAAUUCUUAAGGGGAUUGAAGUUUUCAAACUUAGCAACACUGAUGACAAUCUUGCUGGAGGGAAUCCAGUCCUCUUCAAUCCUCGUGUCUCGACAAAGCAAAGACAUAGAAUCCCAACAAUGAGUUUAAAUGAGACUAUAAUUUUGUUCAUAUUUCUAGUUGUCAUUGUUCACCAACUUCGCAAAUGGAAAGAAAAGAGGUUGAGUAAAAAUUCAUCUCUAAUAAACAAUGAUUUGUGUCGGAGAUUUUCAUUUGCUGAGAUCUCACUCGCAACCAACAAAUUUGACGACAAAUUAGAGAUUGGACAUGGGGGUUUUGGUAUGGUCUACAAAGGGGUUAUAAAUGUUAUUAAUGGUAAGGUUGAAAUCACAGUAGCAAUUAAAAGGUUAGAUUCUAAAUCUAAGCAAGGAGAGAAAGAAUUCAUAUCAGAAAUUGAGACGCUUUCCAAGCUUAGACACACCCACCUUGUUUCUUUAAUCGGAUACUGCAAUGAUGGCAAUGAGAUGAUACUUGUUUAUGAGUACAUGGAACGUGGCACCCUGGCGGACCAUCUCCACAAGAAUAAACGUGAUGGUAGUAGAGAAGGAGACGCGACUCCUCUAACUUGGAAGGAAAGAUUAAAUAUCUGUUUGGGUGCUGCUCGUGGGUUAGACUACUUGCACAAGUAUGAAGUCAUACAUCGAGAUGUGAAGAGCGAAAACAUUUUGGUGGAUCUGAAUUGGGUGGCCAAAAUUGCUGAUUUUGGCAUAUGCAAAGUUGGAGGAGUUGCAAAUCUUACCCAUAUUAGUACUGCUGUAAAGGGAACUAUUGGUUAUAUAGAUCCAGAGUAUUUCUCGACUAAUAUGCUAACCAAGAAAUCUGAUGUGUAUGCUUUCGGUGUUGUGUUGUGGGAAGCAUUAUGUGGGAGGCGAGUCAUAGAUAAUAGUAUCGACGACAAACAACAAUGUAGCCUCGUUAAGUGGGUUCAGCAUUGCUGCAAGAAUGAGUCGGUCAAUGAAAUAAUUGAUCACAAUUUGAGGGGACAAAUCUCAUCUGAUUCUCUCAAGUUGUACAUUGAACUUGCAAACCUAUGUUUGCAUAAUCAGAUUAAUAGUCGACCUACACUAGCUGAAGUCAUAAAGGUUCUUGACUCUUUAUUGAUGGAUGGACUCAAUUUCUUAAGGUCAGGAAGAGUUUAUCCAUGUUCUUAG